AUGUCCUUCCCCUGGUGUCUACCCUGGCCUCAGCAGAGCUACUGGGACGAGUUUAACCUCAACGAGCUCAAAAUCAAGGUCAACCCAUCCUCUUCCCGCAAACACUCGGACCUUUCUAUUUCUUCUUCUUCUCCUGAGCUUCCCCAGUACCCAUACUUCUGGGGCAAGGGUCUCCGGGGCCGUGGCAUUGGAAGGUUACUCGACCGACACUCCAAAGCCAAGCACCCUGUGCACAUCGGAUAUGCUGAAGCUAGAAGUCUCAUCGGUCGCGGGACCGUCGACGAUCUCCAGCGUCUAUCCAACCUUGCCAGUAUUUUCGUGAUCGAAGUCUUUGAAGACAUCGAUGAAUCCUCGGGAGCUUCUUCUGCAUCCUCAUCUCUUGGCUCUGGAUCCAGGGUUACUCAGCUGAAACUCUCACCUGAGCUAGAGCAAUGGAAGCAAUCCCAGCAUGCUAUCGGCAACGUGCUGCCUCCGAAAGGCGCCGGCUUGAGUCCUGUUUCUGAAGAGAUCCUCCAUAUCCUUGGCGCAGAGCACUGGCCUGAAGCUCUCAAGACCACCAAUGCCCUGUUCGGCUGCGGCAUCGCUAGUCUACUCAUGGGUGCUGCCGACUCCAACACCAUGUUCUCCAACUAUGUCACUGACAUGGCCUUUUACUAUGAGCAUGGUUACAACUACGUCUUCCCCAACCUCGAACCGUUGCUGGAGAAAGGCUUGAACGAUCCUCAUGCGCUUCGAACACCCGGUGGUCGAGAACGUCGUGAUGCUGUCGCCAUUGGCAAAAGGUACAUUCAGGGCAAGAUCGCCCUGGAGAAGAAGCACAAGGAUAAUCUUCUCAACCGAUCGGCUCGGCUAGACAGGCGGACCGCGCAGAUCGUUUCGCUGUCUGAGAGUAGUCUUCUUGGCAUGGCAGCCGAAGCGACAGCGCGAGGAUUUGACGCUGGAGCCGUCAUGGCAGAUCUUGUCUUUAGCUCGCCAGGAACCGACGUUGUCGACGUGGGCUGUGAUCUCGUCAACUCGGAGGUGAUGAACUCGUUCCUCAACGUUACCGAUAUUACAGAGACAGGAAUUGUCAGCGAAGACGUUCUAAGGAAGGUUUACGAUGCCUACGCUGUGAUGGGCGCUAGAAUGCUUACACAGCGAUGGCACGAGCCUGUUGCUAGAAUGUGCGCUGCGCUAUACACUUGGCACAUUCAGAACGAUCGACACAUGUUUUUCCGUCGUGCUCUCUUGGGCUGGCAGAAGGCGAGGAAGACUCCCGCUCAGCCUCAGAGCGAGGCUGAUUUUGAUGAGGUCUUUGACAAGAAAUUCCGUCUCACUGGCUUCAGUCGCCCUCUUGAUGCCAAGUACACAUGCAAUGGAGAGGAUACCUGCGAUCAUGUCCACGAGCACCUCGCCCGUCACAACGAAGAGCCUCUUCUCAAGGAGCUCUGGUGGUAUCUCGUCACAGGACCUCUGGCGUAUGUUCGUGGGGGCAAAGUUGAUGAAGCAACCGAGUUGGAACUCGCGGAGGGAUCAAGGUUGAGAAUGGCCAAGCUCUUUGUCAAAGGUCGAGUGCUGGAGAUGGUUUGGCUGAUUGCACAUGCGAAUUUCCACGCUUGGCAAGUCAACUAUCUGUUUGAAGCUGCCAUGUUUGGUAGUAUCCUUGAUGGUGGGAAACUGAUUGGAAAGUUGGACAGGAAGGAGCAGUACUAA